AUGCAUCCGAUAUCUCUCUGGGCCCUCAUUCCAACCGUACUAGUCAGUCCGCAUGUAUUCGUCGGAGAACCUGCACCCUUCCAGUGGGAUCUCUUAGUGGAAAAGCUGAUCAUGCCAAUGAACGGCGACCCCAACUACCAAGGACCAGAAUGGAGCCAGCAACCCUUCCCAUGCAAGGGUCACCAUAGAGGGUCAACUCUUCCAGAGCCUCAGACGACCUGGCAUGUCGGAAGCAGGGCCACGUUCCAGGUCUACGACUCGACCAACACGACAGGCUCUAGCAUGCACGACCCUGGCGCGGCGCACUCUGGAGGCUCGUGCCAGGCAUCGCUUUCCUACGAUGGCGGAGAAACGUGGAUCGUCGUUCAGAGCUGGGAAGGAAACUGCUUGCGCGUGCGAAAAGGUCAAGAAGGACAACUCACCAAUUCUUACGACACCGAUCAGAGCUACUCGUUCGACCUGCCUGGCUCGCUCCCAGGGGCAGACACAGCUAUCUUUGCGACCUGGCUAAACGCAUCCGGCAAUCGCGAGUUCUACAUGUCAUGCUCGCCCGUAAAGCUGGUAGCAUCACAGUCUUCGAACAGCCUCCCAUCAGACUAUCCGAUGUACAUCGCCAAUCUCCAAGCGAGUCCAGAAACAGCGGGCUCGCAGCACUCGAUGUGGUCUCAGUGCUACAUUCCACAGAACGUGUGGAUCCGCUACCCCCAACGGUACAAAGGCAUCAAUGCACCAGUCGUAGCGGAACCGCUUCCAAACAACAGCCAGGUUCAGUUUCUGCAGCUCGAAGACGAUGGCGGAAUGUGCGGAUCAGACAACAAGGAAAGAUUGGAGGCUCUCGGACUUCACUCUGGUUCGAACAGCCAAGAACCGAGUGCUCCGUCCUGCAAAGAAAACGCGCGCGAUCGGCUCAGAAGUGCGGUUAUUCAGAAGCACAAAGGCCGCAGUCACGACCAAGAAGAGAGGCUUAGCAAGAUCUUCAGCUGGCUUUCGGCGCCUGACCCGUCCACCAACUACCAUAAAGCGCACAAGCAGCGGCAGGCUAAGACAGGUCUCUGGCUGCUGGAAAGCGCAAAGUUCACAGACUGGAAGAAAAGAGCAGCGUCGCGGCUGUGGCUGUACGGCAUCCCAGGAUGUGGAAAGACGAUCCUGAGCUCCACUGUCAUUGAGCAUCUGCUGCAGCACUGCCAUGAUGACACUCGUAUAGUGACGGCGUACUUCUACUUCGACUUCAACGAUGCACAGAAACGGGAUCCAGAGCUCAUGCUGCGCUCGCUGCUCUGCCAGCUCUUGUGGCGUGCGGUCGUGAUACCUAAGGGCGUUGACGCGUUGUUCUUAUCUUGCGAGAACGGGCAACGAAAGCCAUCGUUGCAUGCACUCCUAGACGUGACACGGCAGGUAGCGCAAGAUUUUGCGCACGUCUACGUCGUUCUCGAUGCUCUUGAUGAGUGUUCGCAGCGCUCGGAGCUGAUAGACAUGCUUGAAACGAUGGCUGGGUGGCAGCUUGACAACCUGCAUCUGCUCAUGACUAGCCGGAAAGAGCGAGAUAUUGAGAGUUCCUUAGAGAGUUACGUCGAGGAAGAGAACACUGUGUGUCUUCAGAGGGACGUAGUGGACCAGGACAUACAGCGAUACGUUCAACAAAGGCUGCGUGACGACAAGUGCUUGGCUAAAUGGAACAAAGAUGCUGCUGUUAGGCAAGACAUCGAGGAAGCACUGAUGCACGGCGCUCGUGGGAUGUUUCGAUGGGCUGUAUGCCAGCUGGACACACUAGGGAAGUGUUGCAAUCGGGCGAUGCUGCGCAAAUCUCUUGCCACUCUGCCGCGAACGCUAGACCAGACAUACGACCGCAUUCUCUCCGCAAUAAGCGAGGAAUAUUCUGAGUAUGCGAUGCGUAUCUUACAGUGGCUGACGUUCUCUGCACGGCCGCUAUCCAUCGAAGAGGUAGCCGAAGUCGUAGCCAUCGACGUAGCGUGCGAUCCAGCGUUCGACCGUGACGAGGUGCUAGAAGACCCGCUAGAAGCACUGAACAUCUGCUCGAGUCUAGUUACUAUCACGAAGAACGAAGUGGAUAGAAGAUUAAGGCCUGCCCAACAGAUCAUCGCUCUAGCACACUACUCAGUGCAGGAGUACCUUGUGUCAGACAGAAUCAGGCAAGGGCAGGCAAAGCAGUAUAGCAUGCAAGAGGUCAAAUGCCAUAACGCAAUAACGAUAGGCUCUCUUAAGUACCUGGCGCAGUUCCAGCAACCAAUAUCAAAGGAACUUCUGGAACGAUCUGCGCUGGCAAGGUACUCAGCAGAGUUCUGGAGCAGCCAUCUUCGAAAUACAGGGGACGAGACAGGAGGAAGUCUACUAGCGAUGAGUCUGAUGUCAAAGGAAAAGUCCGCAUAUCUCACCUGGAUCCAACUGUGCGAUCCAGACAAUCCAUGGGACGAACCGGAUUUGGAAAAAAGUCCAGAUAGCGUAGCUGCGCCCCUCUACUACGCAGCACAGUUAGGCUUGGGCACGAUUACAGGACUGCUGCUAGAGCAAAAGGCCGAGGUUAAUGCGAUGGGUGGACAGUACGGCAACGCACUGCAGGCAGCUUCAGCUAGAGGCCACGAGCAGGUGGUUAAGAUGCUGCUUGACAAGGGCGCCGAUGUUAACGCGCAGGGUGGGGAGUACGGCAACGCACUCUAUGCAGCUUUCGAUGAAGAACACGAGCAGGUAGUCAAGACGCUGCUCGACAAGGGCGCCGAUGUUAACGCGCAGGGUGGGGAGUACGGCAAUGCACUGCAGGCAGCUUCAGCUAGAGGCCACGAGCAGAUGGUUAAGAUGCUGCUUGACAGGGGCGCUAAGGUUAACGCGCAAGGUGGAUACUACGGCAACGCGCUGCAGGCAGCUUCAGAUGAAGGCCGCAAGCAGGUAGUUAAGACGCUGCUCGAUGAGGGCGCAGAUGCUAACGCGCAGGGUGGAUUCUACGGCAACGCACUGCAGGCAGCUUCAAAUGGAGGCCACGAGCAGGUGGUUGAGAUGCUGCUUGACAAGGGCGCUAAGGUUAAUGCGCAAGGUGGACAGUACGGCAACGCACUGCAGGCAGCUUCGGAAGAAGGCCGCAAGCAGGUAGUCAAGACACUGCUUGAUAGGGGCGCGAAUGUCAAUGCGCAGGGUGGAUACUACGGCAACGCACUCCAGGCAGCUUCAGCUAGAGGCCACGAGCAGGUGGUCAAGUUGCUGCUUGAUGCGGGUGCUCAUCAACAUCAGGAAGGUAACACUGUCUCAGGAUUCGAAUAG